AUCACAGCUACUUCAGUGGAUGUUGAGCGGCUCUUCAGCCACGGCCGCCUUGUCCUGUCGCAUGUCCAUUCUCGCUUAAAUGUGCAGUCCACUCGUGCCCUCUUGUGCUUAAGUUACUGGAGCCGGCUGGGUCUGGUGAAGAAUGAAGACAUUUUAGCUGUCAGCAACCUCGCAGAUGUUGUAGGUGACGAGGAGCUAGAACUUGAGGAAGGAUGGGACCAAAUACAGUUAGGGUAGCUACAAUUGCUGUUUUCAUAGUACUAAUUCAAUGACACCCCCGGGUAUACCCUCCAUGGGUACGGGUAUGGGUGUCUAUCUUCGGUACCCACGUGAAAACCCACACCCCUGGUAUGGGUGUGGGUAUAUUGGUGGGUGUGGG